AUGGAAAAAAAUAUACAUAUAGCAUGUUUAAAUGGCAAUCAAGACCUUAUUAACACUCUUCUUUUUGAUGAUCCAUCAUGUAUAAAUAGUAGGGAUCAGGAUCAACGAACUCCUUUGCACUGGGCAUGUGUUGGAUCACAUACAGAUAUUGUUUUUUGGCUACUUGAAAGACCAGAUAUUGAUAUAAAUGCAAAAGAUGAAAGCUGGACGGCUCUUCAUAUCUCAGCAUCUCUUGGAAAUGAAGCAAUAGUAACGAAGUUAUUAUCUCUAGAAAGAUGCAAUGUAUCAAUAAAGAACCGUGGAGGUCAAACUGCUUUACACUAUGCAGUGAGCAAAAAUCAUAUAAAGAUUACGGAAAGAAUUCUUAAAAAGGCACCUUUUUUAGUAAAUGAGAAAGAUAAUCAACAUCAAAUAGCGUUGCAUCGUGCAUCAGCUAUUGGUUCCGUAGCCCUAAUUUGUCUUCUUCUUUCUAAGGGAUCUUCUAUAAAUGCAUUAGACAUUGGAGGAAAUACACCACUUCAUCAUGCCUUUGAAGAAUGUCAUCCAGAUGCUGUUAUUGAAUUAUUAAAACAAGGUGCAGAUACUUCACAAAAAAAUAAUGAUAACAAAACCCCUAUAGAAGUUUGUGGUGAUAUAGAUGUUAAGAAGAAAGUAUUAAUAAAUUGUAAACAUGAAGGAAUAAAAUUAUUAGUUUAG